AUGGCUGCUGACGUGCACUCGGCUAUCGCGGAGGAGGCCGACGGCACGUGCGUUGUCACCAAUCGUCUCAAGGUCGCGGAGCUCAUGCGCUACCACACGUCGAACACGGGAGACGACACAGACAGCUUGAAGGAGCACGUGGCCCGCAUGCAGGAGGGGCAGGACGACAUCUAUUACAUCACGGGCAAGAGCACCGCUGACAUGCCCGCGUCGCCUGGCCUGGAUCUGUUGCGGAAGAGGGGCUUGGAGGUUCUUUACAUCACCGACUCCUCGUACGAGUACUUUGUCCAGCAGCUGGAGAAGUUUAACGGCGAGAGGCUUGUGGCCGUUGAGCAGAAUGGCCUCGAGUUGGUGAGCGAGGACGCUGGCACGCUACUUGGGCAUGGUGGUCGAGUAGCUUCGUGGGCGGACGCCGAGUUCGGCUCGGGGGACGAGCGCCACGACGCCGCUGACGACGUGGAGGCCCAGAGCGUGCAGAACCAGCAUCGCGGCGCUUCCGCCGAUGAGCUGAUGGAGGGCAUGCGGGUCGCGGUUGUCGAGGAGCUCAGCCGCAAGGGGAGGGGCAAACGCGUCCGCGUCCCAGUCGGCCUCGUCGGAAGCGUGGUGCAUGUCGACAGUCCCGCUGAGAAUGCCAUCAUCCAGUGGGACGAUCCGACGCGCUUGCGGGGAAUUGGCGCGCUCGGCCAUGCCGCGUGCGCAAUGGAGGAGGCUGAGGGUAUCGAGCGCACAGAGCCUUGGCAGCUUGUGUGCUCCGUAGUGCCUCGGCGCGGCCCCCGCUCUGCCCUGCUGGAUUCGCUUCGUCUUUCUUGUUGGGCCUCGGGGCGUGGGGUCGCUGGGGUUGGUUUUCGCCCGUGGGGCGAUGGCUAG